AUGGCGGAAGAGAAGGAGGAGCGAAUGGCGAUGGAGGAAGAGAAGGAGGAGCGAAAGGCGGAGGCGAAGCCUAGAAAGCACAAGGGCAAGCACGAUAAGCCAAAACCCUGGGACGAUGAAUCCAUCGAUCACUGGAAGAUAGACAAGUUUGAUCCUUCCUGGAACGAGACCGGCAUGCUUGAAGUCAGCUCUUUCUCCACUCUCUUCCCUCAGUACAGAGAAAAAUAUCUGCAAGAAUGCUGGCCCAUCGUAAAAGGUGCUCUCAAGGAGUUUGGGGUUGCAUGCGAGCUCAACUUGGUUGAAGGAUGCAUGACGGUUUCAACAACUAGAAAGACUAGGGAUCCCUACAUCAUCAUUAAAGCCAGGGACCUCAUUAAACUUCUGUCAAGAAGUGUUCCUGCACCUCAGGCAAUUAAGAUAUUGAAUGAUGAGAUGCAGUGUGAUAUCAUCAAGAUUGGCAACUUGGUUAGGAAUAAGGAAAGGUUUGUCAAACGACGGCAACAUCUAGUGGGCCCAAAUUCUUCAACACUGAAGGCGCUAGAGAUCUUGACUGGCUGCUAUAUUCUUGUCCAGGGGAACACUGUUGCUGCUAUGGGCUCGUUUAAAGGUCUGAAACAAGUUAGGAGGAUUGUGGAGGACUGUAUUCUCAACAAAAUGCAUCCACUAUAUCAUAUCAAGAUCCUCAUGCUGAAGUGCGAGCUUGCAAAAGAUCCAGCACUUGCAAAUGAGAAUUGGGAUAGAUUUCUUCCAACAUUUAAAAAGAAGAAUGUUAAACAAAAGAAAGUUAAAUCAAAAGAGAAGAAGCCAUAUACUCCAUUCCCUCCACCACAGCAAUCCAGUAAGAUUGAUCUACAGCUGGAAAGUGGUGAAUACUUUUUGACUGAUAAGAAGAAAUUGGCAAGGAAGUGGCAAGAAAAGCAGGAAAAACAGGCAGAGAAGACAGCUGAAAAUAAAAGACGGCGUGAAGAAGCAUUCAUUCCACCGGAGGAAGUGAAGAAACAUGGCUCGCAUUCUCCCAAUGCCGACAGGCAUGAUGAUGUGUCCGCCAUUGCCUUGUCUUUGAAGAAAAAGGUGAAGGAGUUUGGGAAGAAAAAGCAUGCAGAAAAGAUUGAUCCUCAGGCCUACAUUGCAGCUGUUGGCAAGCUAUCGGCGAAAAAAAAAUCUGAACACAGAGAUUGACGAGUCUUGGACCUGAAUUUAUGUCGCCGUCCAACUACUAUAUAGAAAGUCAAUGCUGACCGAAGUGAUCUCUAUAUCACUGACUUGUAGCUCGUUCUCCUUAAAUUUUGAUUUGCUGGAAUUUGUAUUUUUUUAGGUGAACGUAGUAGUGUCAAUCUUGUGAAAGAAAAUGAAGGAACCUCUGCUGUUACAUGUUUUACCUGGCAAACAUAGUAAGUCUGAUUUUUGAUCCUCA